AUGCCACCUCUCCCUCGUAAAAAGAUUUUGAUGCUUCAUGGAUUCGUCCAAUCUGGUAAGAUUUUCUCCUCCAAGACUGGAGGUCUUCGUAAAACCCUGAACAAGAUCGGGUACGAUCUGUUGUAUCCAACUUCUCCUAUGGGGAUUACGAAGGAAGAGCUAAUGGCUCAGCAUAACAUCAAGCCAGGUGAAGACAGUGACAAGGAGGUGGCUUCGCAGUUUAAUACGACAACAGAUGGUCAAGAUGUCUAUUACGGUUGGUGGAAGAGAAGCAGUUCAUGUUUCCAGGAUUUCGAUAUUGGUCAAGAUGUCUGGGAUUAUCUACGUGGCUACAUUUUAGAGAAUGGCCCAUUUGAAGGUAUAAUGGGAUUUAGUCAAGGCGGUGCAUUCGCCGGUUAUCUUUUAACGAACUUCCAUAAACUGCUAAAUUUGACAUACGAACAACAGCCACCACUAAAAUUUUUUGUUACUUUCAGUGGAUUUAGAUUAGAGGCUUCCCAAUUCCAAUCAGAUUAUGACAAGCAGCCUCUAUCUGUACCUUCUUUGCACGUUCAAGGUGAACAGGACACUGUAGUCUCGGAAGCUAGAAUACUAUCGCUGUACAAUUCGUGCCAAGAGGACAAGAGAACCUUGUUAAGACAUCCUGGCGGUCAUUACGUGCCCAACUCGAAGCAGUACGUGAGUCAAGUAUGUAAUUGGAUCCAAUGGAUUGAAUCUCAAGGCAAGACAUCAUCACAAGAAGAGUCCAAGGACGAUGCACCCAAGAAACAGGAUACCGCGAAACCAGAUCUGGGAGAUGACUUGAUGGGAACCAUUGAUUCGAUGAUGGGGGCCACAAGACUUAAAGAUUAG